AUGGACGUCGAUCGUCUGAUGCGGGACCUGACGGUCGAUCAGCUGGAGAACAUCCAGCAGAAUCUAGAGUACGUGCCGUAAAAUCUAUCUUUCUAAGUUGAGGGGAGGGAUUCGUUUUAGUGAUUGAGAAAAUCGAACUCGCUUUUCAGAAAAGAAAUGGAAGGAAAGAGGGAAAACCUUCGUGAAAUGGUCGGAAGACGUUAUCGGGACGUGCUCGAAGCUUCUUCUGAAGUCCGUCACGUGUGCUCGCUGGCGGAAAAGCUGGCUGCGGACAUCGCCAACACGAGAGUCAGCUACCAGUCGAACCAUACCAGGUAAGCGAAUGUGAGAGAAUCACAAAAGCAUUGAUUGGAUUCAGAAUCGGAGACAGAGACGAACAAAAGGCCGGAGAGCAUUUGAUCGCCGUCAAUUACUUAAUAUCGAGCAUCGGCGGCGAAGGCGGAGAGCCUUUGGACGACGUCGUCGCUCUGUGCAUGGUCGAACACCUCCAGAAGCAACUAAUUAGUAAUCAUUCGUCUCCCAUGGUCACUUUGAAAAUAGUAUUGACAACAGGCAAAAGUAAUUUUUAGAUUCACAAGAUCGCAAGAGCUCUCACCAAUAGAAUCGUGGCAACACGCUCGGAACUUGAGCACCAGAACUCUGUGUCGCUUUCUGAUAUUUCUAGAUUCGACUGGGCUACCAAUCAGCUGGCGGCCAUCGCUUUGCUCCAAGGGAAAGACAUUGGUCAAUUGCUGGACUUGUAUCUAGAUAAAAGAUUCGAACACAUCAACCAACUCAUUGAAGAUUCGGCCACCAUUUUGAGCAUUGUCGACGAAAUCAAGAAGACAUUGGCGGUUGUUGAAGAGCUUUUUAUGCACGGAGAACUCAUUCACGCCAUUCAUUCGGUCUGCAACGGACAGUACAGAUGUGGUGAGGAAGAUGAAAUGAAAAAUGUGUCUGAACGAUCUGAAGUUGCCUACAGAGUUGAUUCGCGAGAUGUGUGCUGAUCAGGCGUUUUCGUUUGAGAAGACAAUCAACGAUGACGUGGACAGAGUUUGGAGAUAUUUGAGAGAGAAAUUGAGCGGAAGAGGCGCGGGAACACUGCCUACGCAAGUCGUCACUGAGAAAUGCGCCGCCUGGAUUGAGAAGUAACCGUUCACGUGUUGUUGUUUAUUAACACGCUUUUUCUCAGGACGUGUGCUGUAACCCACAAACUUGUCGCCGAAGUCUGUGAAUACUUUGACAACUUGGAUCAGGUCAUAGAUCUCCUGCAAGCGAUCACUGCUUCUUUGAAACAGGAUUGGCCAAGGAUCGGAUCGAGUCGUUCGGUAUACGACAAGCUGCUCCAGACAGCUGUAGUGGACAAGGCAAAGGUAUCUUCGCCCCGUUCUAUUAUAACUUCGUUCAACAUAAUCUGCUUCCAGGUUUUACUUGUUCAAAUGAUAGAAUCCAUCGAGUUAUCCGCCAAAAAACGCUUCGAAUCGACCAGCGACGGCCCUCCGAGUGCGAUUUUCGAGGAACGCUCUUACCGUCCCGACUCGCAGUCCCAUAUCGGAAUAUCGACUCAACUUUACAAGUGAGUAAAUAACCCUCUUCAUUCCGUCGCUCACCCUCUCUUUAACCUUCUACGGGUUGAAUGACCUUCUCCGUAAUCGGGACCACCCGAUACAUUCGUCCACGAGACAACAAGAUGUUUUAAGGUGCGUCAAGACAUUGUGGGAGUCGCUGGAGCAAGUAAACGAGAAGUGUGCGCAGUUUGAAACGAUCUGUGCGCCGAUGGCUGAUAUGGCCACUUCCAGUGCUCUCAAAGAGACAAUGGCGAAGAAUGUUCUCCAAUUGCUGCUCAGACUGUGUGAAUUGCAUUCGGAGAACGACGGAGGAUCUUCCCGGUUCCUGGCGAGAGCUCGUUUGGCUCUCGCUCUUAUUCACUCAGAAUCGUCGCUCGUUUGUACCCUUCUGGACAAGGAUUCACAGAGAAUCACCUCUCUGAAUCAACGACUUCAUUCAAUUAUAGAGCAAAACCUCGGGUGGGUUCUAGUUCAUUUUCUACCAUUUAUUAUAAUCACACAGCGGUCUAUUCAGCUAUUCGAAUCACAAUUUAACACAGAAAAUAA